AUGAUUUUAACUAGAGAAAGUAUUGAUCCAUGUGUACUAUGUAAUGUUCUUGCUCCUAUAUUUAUAUGUGGAUUUUUUGGUAAUAUUAUAUGUAUAAUAGUUUUUCUUCGUCGUCGUUUUCGUACACGUUCAAUUAGUGUUUAUUUUAUUGCUUUAUUUUUUAUUGAUUGCUUAUUAUUAUUUAUAUCACAUGUUGCUAAAAUGUUAAUAUUUGAUGCAUCAAAAUCUUGUUGGUUUAAUAUUUUUUUAUCAAAAUUUAUUGAACUUAUACAUUAUGAAAGUAUGGUUGAACAUGGUGUUUUAUCUGUUUUAACAUAUAAUACAAUAUAUACACAAAUUUCAAUGCUUAUUUUUAUGUUUAUGUCAAUACAACGUGUACGAACAUUUUCAUCAAUAUCAUAUCGUGAAAGUCGAAUGUGUGCAUUUAUGUUAACAUUAAUUGCAUUUAUAUAUGGAAUUAUUGUUUCUUAUAUUCAAUUAUAUGAUGGAUUUUGUAUAAAAGAAUUAAAAUUAAAUGAAAAUCAAAAUUUUCAAAUUGAUUUGUUAAUUAAUGAUACAAGACUUGUAUAUAAUGAACAAUGUGCAUCAAGAUUUAUAAAUAAUUCAGUAUUCAAUUCAACAACUACUGCUUAUCAUCAUAAUUUAACAUAUUCUGUGACAAAUGAAUCGUUGAAUAAUAGUACUGAUCCGAUAUGUCAUUCGAGAAAAAAUUGGCAUCGCAUACGUCAUCGAACUGUUGCAUAUGUUUAUCUUCAGUCAUAUAUGUCGAUUGAUUGGCCAGAUGAAUAUGCUAAUCGCUCUGAAUGUGAUGAUACAGAAGAUGAUACAGAAAAGUUACCAGAAUAUCUUCUUUUGGCUAUAAAUAAUCUAACACACCCACUAUUACAGACACGUCCUGAGCAAGAUUAUUUUCUCGCACAUCAAUAUUGUACUCAAACAGCUCAUUUUAUUAAUGCCUAUGCUAAUUGUUCAUUUCCUUUAUCAGCUACAACGUUUCGAAAUUUCUAUCAAUUUUUAUAUGAUCGUCGUUUGUCAUUAAAAAAUCGUUAUACAAUUGGCUUUAUUAUAGGAACAUUUAUUCCAUCAUCUAUAUGUAUUCUAUCAUCAUUUAUUUGUCUUUAUUAUAUAUCAAAUCGACCAUUAAUACGAAAACAUAGUCAUUCACGUGCUGAACUUCGUUCAUUAUCACUUAUUUUAGUUGAAAUUUUAUUAAGUUUAAUGAGUGCAUUGCAAUCUUAUAUAAUAAAUUUUUUUACAUGCCAUGGUUUACUCUUUCGCAUGCAAUCAGAUAAAUGUUAUGGACCACAAAGUGAAAAUAUUUUACCAAUGUUUCUUGGUAGUAUUGUUGAAUUAUUUACAUCAACAUCAAAUAUACUUAUACUUAUGAUCUGUGGAGCACAAUUUCGUAAUGAACUUAUUGAAAUUCUUCAUUUAAAAAAGUUAUUUUCAAAACAAAAAGAACGACAAAGUAGAGGUGAAGAAUCUAAAAGUAAUCGUAAACCAUCAACUAUAGCAUUACCUCUUCGUAUGGUAUUACCAUCUACAUUAUCACAUAAUGAAAUGUCUCGACGAACUGAUAUUUCUUAUGAUCCAUCAAUGGAUUCAUUAAUAAUAACAGGGCAAAAUAAAGAUGAAAUUAGUAUAACUGAAGCUGAUCAACAUUCAGAUGAAACAAGUCAGUAUCUGAUUAAAUUGACUAGUGUUUAA